UCUUAAGAUUCUGCUAUGUACCCACUUCCCUCUGUCCAGUGGUCUGUCUGGCUAAGAACAAAACGCUUCUAAAAAAAUGGUUGCAACAAUUGCCUUUUCCUCAGCAAAAUCGACCAUUUUGCAGAACCCAGUAGUAGUUCGGAGAGACCCAAGUUGUAGUUUCUUUGGUGGGUCGUUGAAAUUGAAGGGCCUGUGUGUACAGCCGAGAGCAAGAAACAAGAGCGGAGAUGGCCUCAGUUUGGUCGUCGCUGCUUCAGCAAAUGCCAACAUCACAAAUACUAACAGCAGCAGCAGCAAUGGAGGCACAUUCUACUUCAACAUUACAGGCUUCCCUUUCCCUCUUGGUCCCUUCCUCAGAAGACGCACUAUUAGGACUGAGGCUGUGAAAGGCUGUAUAUGGUUGCUUGAGCAAGAGCAAGCAUUGGGCUUCAGCAGUGUCUCAACAAACAUUAGAAUGACGGUCAUCAAACUCAAAUCCGGCGGACUGUGGAUCCACGCACCCAUUGCUCCAACCAAGGAAUGCAUUCAGCUUGUGAAAGAGCUAGGAGCUCCAGUAGAAUACAUUGUCCUGCCUACAUUUGCUUAUGAACACAAAAUUUUUGUGGGCCCGUUUUCUAGAAAGUUCCCUCGGGCUCAGGUUUGGGUGGCACCAAGGCAGUGGAGUUGGCCAUUGAACUUACCAUUGGAGUUUUUCGGGAUCUUUCGUUCUAAAACGCUAAAAGAUGAAGACUUGUCCAGCCCAUGGGCUGAUGAGAUUGAGCAGAAAGUUCUAAGCUCGCCAGAAGUUGGUAUUGGACCAUAUGUGGAGGUAGCUUUCUAUCAUAAGCCGUCGAGAACACUACUCAUAACAGAUGCAGUAAUUUUUGUUCCAAGGAAGCCACCCGAGUGUAUAAGCAAAGAAUCGUUGUUGGCAUCUGCAAAGAAUGGUUUGGCUGUGAAAAUUCUAAGUAAAGGAAAAGAAGUCCCCAAUGAACCAGUAGUUGACAACAAGAUGAACCGUCAAAAAGGGUGGGAAAGAAUGGUUCUCCAAAUCUUAUUUCUUGGUCCAUCAAAUCUGUUGGAACCCAAUGCUACCUUUGCUCAGAUGUCUCAGAAGCUGAUUGUUUCACCAAUUGUGAAGACUCUGGUCUUUAGUAAAGUUCCUGAAAAGGUGAGGGAUUGGAUUGAUAGAAUCACACGGGACUGGAGGUUCAAGAGAAUAAUCCCUGCUCAUUUUGCUGCUCCAAUCAAUGCAAAUAGGUCUACUUUCUUAGCUGCAUUUGCGUUUCUGGAUGACUUGUUGGGUGAGAGUUACAUAACUCGUCCAACGCUGUCUCUUCUCUUCACAUCGCUAAUGGGAAAGGCCGCAAGUUACUUCCCACCAGAUGACAUGAAGACUUUGUCAUCCCUUGAUGAAUUUCUAGUCUCGGUGGGAGCCGUGAAGAAAACAGUUUCAGGCCGGAAACGAUAACACAAACAUGGAUAUUUUAGGCUGCCAAGCUGCUUGUUGAUACUUCUACACCUAUUAUAGUUACAAAUACAUGGAUAUUUUAGGCUGCUGUGGGUGAUAUCUCUCAAUCCUUUUGCUUUCUCUUUGAAAACAAAAUUGUAAUCUUCUUGUCUAGAAAGUUCGCUGUAAUGGAAAGAAAUCUGUCAAAGGUAUUGCUUUGGAAUGGAGAUUCUCCUAUGCAAGCUUGGUUGUAUUAUGUAUUCCAUGGUCUUUCCCACCGAGUCAAGACUAUGUUUGGUAGGAUGGAUAGAAAAGAGGAAGG